GUUGACAAAUCAUAUUACAUCUCACUUUAGAUCCAAGCCCAAAAUUUUUUAGGAGUGGAUUAGAUGUAGCUGUGUAGCACAUACACAUUGAUUCUACACUCUUCAUUAGAAUUAGUUUAUCAAACCAACGAAAGAACUAACAAGCAAACUGACCGCAACAAGAUUUGAAAUCAGAAUAUAAAGGAUCAAAAUUUAAAAAAAAAAACCAUUUAGCUUGACGCUGUAUUGAUUCAGAGCAGUCACUGAUUUGUGAAAAUCACAUUUUCAAUUAACCAAUUAUGAAUUGCAUUUUCAUUUUACUUUGUCUCCUGCAAAUAGUUUACAGCUCCGUGGAUCAGAAUAAACAUGCCCAGAGUGCAAAAGAUCUACAAAUACAGAACUAUCCAAUGCCAAAAGGUUACUGCUGGAGAAUCACAUUUUAUAUUUCAAGGAAACUUUUGUCUGGAACCUCAAACUAUAUCACUGUUCAAUUAAUCAAUGAUGAAACACGAGUUUUCUCAAAUAGAUUACCCUGUUCAGAUAAAUGUGAAAGGGGAUCUCAACCAAGCUUUUAUUUUUGCACUCCACAAAUUGAUCCAGUAAAAGAAGUAAAAUUAAAUGAAACGGUAAAACAUUUCUGGAAUGGAUUGACAUCUGUUUGGAGAUUGGAAAGCAUUGAUUUGAUGAACUUGAAUACUUCAGCUAAUUAUAGAUGCACACUCGAUAACCCUGAUGCCGACGAAAAAGGCUGUAAACUAAAUCCCACAGGUUACUGCUGGAGAAUCAAAUUCUAUAUUUCAAGGAAACUUUUGUCUGGAACCUCAAACUAUAUCACUGUUCAAUUAAUCAAUGAUGAAACACGUGUUUUCUCAAAUAGAUUAUCUUGUGCAAAAAAAUGUAAAAGGGGAUCUCAACCAAGCUUUUAUUUUUGCACUCCACAAAUUGAUCCAGUAAAAGAAUUACAAUUAAAUGAAACGGUAAAAAAUUUCUGGAAGGGAUUUGUAUCUGGUUGGACAUUGGAAAGUAUUGAUUUGAUGAACUUGAAUACUUCAGCUGAAUAUAGAUGCACACUCGAUUACCCUGGUGCCGAGAAAAAAGGCUGUAAACUAAAUCCCGCAGCUAAUGCUAAGGAACCAGCUAUUCCAUAUACUUCAUAUGGCAGUACCCUGAACAUAAUGACAGUUACUACAGCAGAUAAACAAAUAGAUUCAGAGGAAAAUACACCAGCAUCAGUUCUUGGUUACUGCUGGAGAAUCACAUUUUACAUUUCAAGCAAUUAUUUUUCUGGAACCUCAAAUUAUUUCACUGUUCAAUUAAUCAAUGAUGAAACACGUGUUUUCUCAAAGAAAUUAUCUUGUGCAAAAAAAUGUAAAAGGGGAUCUCAACCAAGCUUUGAUUUUUGCACCCCACAAAUUGAUCCAGUAAAAGAAUUAAAAUUAAAUGAAACGGUAAAAAAUUUCUUCAAAAAAUUCACAUCUGGUUGGAGAUUGGAAAGCAUUAAUCUGAUGAACUUGAAUACUUCAGCUACCUAUAGCUGCACAUUCAGUAACCCUGGUGCUGAUGAAAAAGGCUGUAAGCUAAAUCCCAAAGUGAUCGCUAUGUGAAUUGUGUCAUAUGGACAGAAAUGUGAAUUGUGCCAUCUCUGUCAACAACCUGUAGCCUUCUCAGCCUGCAGCUCCACUUUUUCAAGAACUCAGUAACAAUACACUAUUUCUUUUUGAAUCCUAUUAUUUGUUUACAACCAAGAAGAAUAAUCCUUUCUAUUAUAGAAACAAUACCUGAAAUUUUAAGGGAGUGGGUCUAGUCGAUUAGAUUGAUCCCAAUGCACAGCUGGUACUUAUUUCAUCAACCAAAAAAGACAAAGUCAACUCAUGCAACAUUUAAACUCAGAACAUAAGAUGGACAAAAUGCUGCUAAGUAUUUUGUCCAGUCAGCUAAAAAUUCUUCCAGAUUGCUGCCUUAGUGAAGACGAAUAAUACAAGGAAGAAGCGUUACUAUAGAAGUGUCAUUGUGUCAACAUAUGCAAUUUGAAUGACCUAUGUCAGUUACUUAAAAAGUUAUGCCAACUUUCGCUUUAUUUUAGUUACAGUCCUUAUAAUAUGCUAUAUACACUAUUCAUAAAUCCUUUUGGAAUGUAUUUCCCAAAUGUACUUUUCUUUGAUUUAACUUUUACAUACAUGGGUUGGUCAUUAUAACCAGAUUUAUAUAAUAAUAUACUGUUUUGAAUCGCACUACAUUUGGUUUAUCCAAACAGAACGUUUGCUAGUUUAAAAAUUUACUCGCAAAACUGUUUCUUUAAAUUAGUUCUAACUUAAAAUCUGGACAUUUAUAUGACACCAAUUAUCUCUCAUAUUCUACCAUCCUGCUUGCUACCCAAAUAGAUAAAGAUCCAUAAGAUAGAACUCCUUUAGCUCAAGCUUCUUUGGUUAUUAUAUUUUCCUUAUUUUAUUUUUUCACUGAUCCUACUAUUCCCAUUUCGUUGUUUCCCUUUCUUCCCUUCUUCUCUUUUGUUAUGUAUACUUCUACAUUUGAGUUAUAACUUCCUUUGAUGACCUUAAAUGUGACACACAGACAAAAACAGACAGGAACAAGCAGAGUAAUAUUAUAAUAUUCAUUGUUAGAGCUUUAACACUGGUUUUCAUAUUUGUGACAAUGUUAAAUUGAACUGUUGUUUCUAGCAAAAGUCUCUGUCUCGUUCACACUCACGCUUUAAAUUCACUUCAGAAUCAAAACAAUAAACAUUGAGCUGUAAUUUCUAACCAAAAAAACCUGCCUUCUUUAUCAUAUAUCGCUAGAGAAUUUUCUUCAGCGAGGGAUUUUUAGACAUUUUGUGUCACUAAUACUUUUUAGUUAGAAAUUCACCUCCUGUAAACCAGUACUUCCCAACCUUUUUUUCACUUUUGUUACAUUUAUAUUCUUUUCACAAUUCAAAAUAAAAAAAUAAUCACUAUAA